UUCCAGAAAAUCUUAUCUCCCCUGUCCUACCAUUGUGUUACCGAAAUUUCAGUUUUAAUUAUUUCUGAGCUAUGUAUUGUAAUAAACUGGCACUCGUUGUGGGCGCAACAAUAAUAUGCUUUGCAUCUGUAUUCAGUGAGGACGAAGAGAAACUCAGUUGGAAGGAAGAUGAUGGUCUGGAGAUUAAGAUAAUAAAGCCAGUCAAGCCAGAAAAAUGUAAGAUGAAAAGCCAACCGGGUGAUAUCGUUGAACAGUUCUACAAAUUAUCCGACAGAGAAGGACAAACAAUAGGAUCCAAUUUCGGCAAGAAACCAUACAUAUUUACACUUGGUAAAAACCAAGUUAUCAGUGGCAUGGAUCGUGCUAUGACCGGUAUGUGCAUCGGUGAAAAGAGGAAAGUAGUAAUCCCAGCACAUUUGGGUUUUGGUGAUGAUGGUCGCGACAGAGAUAAUAUAAAAGGUGGACAAACACUGUACUACACAGUACAGCUUGUGGAUCUAUUUAGACCAGUACCCGGUGAUUCGUGGACCGAUGACGAUGGUUUGAAAAUUGAGGUGACACACAAAAUUGAUGAGAAGGAAUGUCGUAAGGCCGAGAAAGGUGAUACGAUUCAUCAACACUAUACGCUUUACUUAGAGCAUUUCGACGGAACAUUUGUCGAUUCCAGCUUCAGCCGGAAUGCGCCAUUCAUCUUCAAACUUGGGAAAGGAGAAGUGAUCGAAGGUAUGGAUCGAGCAAUGAAUGGUAUGUGCGAAGGAGAGAGACGAAAAGUGGUCAUUCCAUGGGAAUUAGGGUAUGGUACAGAAGGUCGGAAGCCAUCGAUACCUGGUAAAGCUGACUUGUACUUCGAUAUCGAACUUCUUAAAUUAAUCAAGCACGAUGAAUUAUAAACAGCAGAACAAAAGGCUGGCAAUAUCGCUUUAAGCGCUCCAUUCCUAUUGCUAUUAUUAUUUUCCCUGAUGUAAUGAUUUAUUUAGUUAUUUGAGUAUGUCGUUAUCUGUAAACGAAUGUAAUCCGUCACCGGUGUUGCUUUUU